AUGUCCACUGAACAAUUGAGAGCGAUUCAUCCAGUCAUGAAUGCUACAAACGUUCAGAUAUUAUGGUCCGGGAGUGUUGGCAAAAUAAAUACUCACGGGGAAAUUCAAAAUCGAACACUUGUUAUCGCAUCUCCCGCAAUUUUCCUUCUGACAAAGAGAACUUUCCCAGCAGGCUUUAGAUUAUCAAGAGUUAUACCGAUUUGUCGUUUAGAUAAUAUCAUUUACACAAAAGAAUAUAUCGAAUUGAAAAGUGAAACUGAAUAUUUCAAAAUCGUUCAUGACGACAUUGCUCAGAUCGCAGCUAUCAUCGUUGCACUUCAGGUUAUGCAAAUGGGCUAUGCUUCAAUACAUGCAUCGACAGAACUCAAGCAGGAAAUAAAAGAACAAGUAGUUGAUGUUCAAUCCGAAAACCCUACCAUAGACAGAUUCGUUUCGGAGUGUUUAGCACUUGAUAUUCCGUUGCAAGUCGAUCAAAUCAAUUCCAUGUGUAAAACAUUGAGUGAAAAUGGAGAUUCUAUCAUCUUUACACCAACAGUCGCUGCUUCUACGUUAAUGCCAGCGUUAGUUUCGACUCUUUGCGGUAAAACUUGCUUUAAAUCAAUUAUCCUAAGAGAUGUCAGCUUCAUGACAUUCUUACCACAUUUAUCUGGCAUUCUGAAGGAAGCCACGACGAUUACUUCGCUCACUUUUUACAAGACAUCUUUUAUUGAAGCAAAUCUUGGAGUUCCUGAAGGAUUCUUUGAGAAUGACGUGAGAUCACCAUUAAAUACAUUGAUAUUUAAGCAUUGCGAUCUUACAAACGUGAGAUUACGUAAAUUCUUUUAUGAUCUUGCCAAAUUAGACUCAAAAAUCACUUCAAUACAGAUAAUCAACUGUGAAUUUGCACAACCUGUCAUGGAAGCCUUCUUCUAUAACAUUUUCGAUGCAAAUUGUUUCAGAAAUCUGAAUUCCUUAGUAAUUUCAAAUGUAAACCUUCCAUUUACGAUCCAAAUGUUCUCAGUCAUGCUGCUCAAUUGCGAUUGGAUCCAUAAAAACAAGUGUCUCCAAGAAUUAAAAAUUACAAAUUGCGAAGUCGACAUUGGCGACAUUCUAUCAACAUGUUUCAUCUGCGAGACAGGUAUAGAAGAGCUCUGCCUCUCAGGAAUGAUAUUUAAACUACCAAUUCCGGUAAAUUCAAUUCAAUCAUUCCAACAAUUGAAAACUCUUGACAUUUCUAGUCUCAAGACCGACGAAAAGAGCUUGUCAUCAUUCUUUACGGCUCUCGGUUCAAUUCCGUCCCAAAUUGAGACAAUUAAAGCAAAUAAUCUCGCAAUUGAGCCAGCAGAUGCGAAAUUAUUCUACACUAACCUUUCUGGAUCAGUCUCCAACCUACAGAGCCUCUCCUGGGAUGGCACGUACGUUCCAAACGAGUGUGUUCCACAAUUUAUUACAUGGUUCUGCCAACAGAAGAAUCUGAUUGAUCUGUCGUUAUCAGACUGCAUCCCCAAUAAGCCCUCCAACACGAACGAGAUCGCCAGGCUCUUCAGUUCGCUAAAUCUGGAAAGAUUUGUCCUUGUCGCUGAAGGAAACUUCGCUUUUGGCACGGAAGCAGUUAUUAUGCUUGAUGCAAUGUGCCAAUCGCAGACAGUUACUUCAAUUGACUUAACAGGCCACGCAUUUGGCGAUAUCGGAAUGAAAAGCCUCAUGAAACUGAUCACGAGAGAGAAUAUACCAAUGAAAGGCAUCGCUUUCAACGGUUCAAACGCUACAACGCCUGUUCUGAUGGAAGCUCUCGAGUUAAUCACCCAAGAAGUCAAAAAUUACGCUGUUUGGCCGGUCAGAGAUGUCAAAAAGUGCAUUACAAAGGUUCCUCUCGGCAGCCGUGAGAAAACAAUUAAGGCUUUCGACGAAAUUAAGACGAAAUUCGACAAGAGGUUCCCACAGAACAACGACAGCAACGACAACCACGCGAACGACCUAAACAGCCAACCAGUGGCAAGAGCAAGGUGUUAUUCUGCUCUGCCAACCAUAUUAAGACAUUCGACAUCCGAAAUGAUCGGAACUGGCUACAAGAUGGAGUGCGUCGACUUGGAAUCCCUAGCUAUAAAGGAUACAAAGAUAUCUGGAAUGAUCAAAGAAUGCUGCGGACCAGAUUCUAUACUUAAUAAGGCAGAUCCCAUUGUUGUGCUCUACAGUUCAAUGGUGGAUCUGUCUUAA